CAGGCGCUCGGGGCGCUCUUUUCUUCUCUCCUCACCGACUCCAUCCCCAUUAUACUGUCAUAUGUACUCCAGAACUCCAUUCAAACCGUGUCUGUUCUUGUCGCUGGGAGACUUGGCCCCGAUGAGCUCUCUGCAGCCGCGUUCUCGCUAAUGCUGGCGAUGGUACUAGGAUGGUGCAUUGCGCUCGGCGGUACGACGGCUUUAGACACUCUCGGCUCACAGGCGUUCACGGGAGGUGAUCGGGCUUCCGUUUCUGUUCACCUGCAACGCUGCAUUACUCUCCUCUGGCUGCUCUUCGUUCCGGUCGCCAUCUUCUGGACAUAUAUGGAACCUGUGCUUCUGCUACUUGGUCAAGAGGAACGUCUCGCGCAUGACGUGCAAUCCUUCUUGAGGGUCCUGGUCUUCGGGGCUCCAGGGUACAUCGGCUUCGAGAGCCUCAAGAAGUAUCUGCAGUGCCAAGGGAUCAUGCGCGCCUCAACUUACGUUCUCAUUGCCGUCGCACCCAUCAACUUGGUUCUUAACGUGAUUCUCGUACACCACACAUCUCUGGGCCUUCUCGGGUCCCCCCUCGCUAUCUCCAUAACGUUCUGGCUCUGCUUCAUUUUCCUUGCGCUCUUCACGUACCUUUCACCUGCGCAUCGGAAGAACGGGACUUGGGCGGGCUUCCACUUUGGGCUCGUGCUCGAUGCCGGCAGCUGCGCGAACUUUCUCAAGCUCGCCCUUCCAGGGAUUCUGAUGGUGGGCACUGAAUGGGCAGCGUUUGAGAUCGUUGCGCUGGCUGCAGGACGACUAGGCUCAUUGCCCCUGGCGGCUCAGUCUGUCAUAAUGACGACUGACCAAAUCAUGAAUACUAUUCCGUUCGGGAUUGGUGUAGCCGCCUCUACCAGAGUAGGCAAUCUCAUCGGCGCACGCCUCCCCGAUGCUGCGAAACGUGCUGCCCACGCCUCUGCUCUCCUCAGCGUUGUGAUCGGAGCGAUUGUUAUGGUGGGAUUGGUCACUACAAAAGACAUCUUUGGCUACAUCUACAGCGACGAUGACGACGUCGCCGCCCUCGUGAGCAAAGUAAUGCCACUUGUCGCUUCUUUUCAGAUCGCAGACGGUUUGGCGGGCUCCUGCGGUGGCGUGCUACGUGGUCAAGGUCGUCAGCACCUGGGAGCGUUCUUUAAUCUAAUUGCAUACUACGUUCUGGCUCUUCCGCUUGGUGUCACGUUAGCCUUCCACCCCAACACUCACUUGGGACUCCAAGGCCUCUGGAUAGGGCAAGUCAUCGCACUAUUCAUUGUUGGGCUCGGUGAAUACACGGUGGUCUGGGUCGGUACAGACUGGGAGAAGGAAGUCCGGCACGGUAUCGAGCGGAACCAAGCCGAGGCAAAGAGAAGGCAGAUGCGCGAGCAUCGUGGCCAAGUCGCAGAGACCGCAUAGACUCCAGUGGAGAAGAUUGGUCAUUUGCUGAAUCGAGAAGGGAUAGAAGCAUGUCUUGCUACGCGUCUGCUGGUGAACGAGAUGGCGUGGUACAAUGCGAUGUAACGUAAGAUUUUGCAGGAUGCCUGUGCAGUAAUACCUU